UAAUGCGCAAGAGUCCAUUAAUGAAAGAAAACAUGAAAGCAAUUCAAAACUAAAAAUUUUCAUAUCUGAACAAGAGUAAAUAAAAGACAUCUUCUUUGGAGAAAAGUUCAUAUUCAAACAGAUCACUUUUAAAUGAGAUGUAACAUCAAACACCAAAUCAACCAAAGAAAAACAUUUCAACUUAAGCAUCAGAUUAGAAACUUCAUAAUUGUACAUUAAAUAUUAAUAUAAAGAAAGUUAAAUACUGAAAUCAUUAAUGAAAAUAUAAAAUAGAACAAAUCCAAUAUUAACAUAAUAGAAUUGCUAUGCAGGAGUGAAAUUGAAUUUUAACAAUUGUAUAGGUAUUGAAGAUGAUUAAAAUGAAGGCAAUGAAGAAAAAAGAAUGAACACAAAUCAAUAUAAUUCAUUAAAUUAGACAAUACAUCCAUCUCCAAAACUUAAGACAAUAUCAUUAUCAACUUAUACAGUAAAAUAUCAAUAUUAUAUAUCUAUUUAGAGUACUUAAAGUCCUGAAUUAAGAGAAAAGGAGAUUAGACAUGAAUAAAUAACAUAAUUUAAAUAAUUGAUUACAUAAACAAAACUAAAUUUGGAGAAUAUAAAAAUCUCAGAUAUGUAACAAUACAUAGAGAGAAUAUUUGAUGAAACCAUUUAACCUUUACUUUAAUUGAAGGUAUAUAUUAAAUAUUUAGAAUUUAGAGUGAGAUGCUUAAAUAAAUUGAAAAAUGUAUAAAUGCUGAAUAAUAUUAAAUACGUUCUACUAUUGAAUCAUUAAAAAAGAUGGAAGAUGACAUUCUAUCUAAUGAAUUCAAUAUUAUAGAAUUUAUGGCUAUGGGUCCAUUUAAUGAAAUUAUGUAGAUCUAUUAGAAGAGAUUUAAAGAACACUCCAUUUUUGUUUAAUAGUUAAAUCAAUAAGAUAUUGUUAUUCAUUAAUUCAAAUAAUUACAUGAUAAUUUUACUUAAUAGAAUCAUUUGUUAUGUAAGCAAUUAUAACAAUCCUUAUAAACUUAUUUAUCAUUAUAUAUCUCUUUUUAAAAUAAGGAUGAUUUUUAUGAGAUGAAAGAAUUCAGUAAUAUUUAAUAACAAAAUCAAUUUAUCAAUAAUUUAUAAGAAAACUUAUUCCAAACAUGUGAAACCAAUAAUUCAAUUGAUGAAGAUUAGGUGAUAAUGAAAGAUUAAUAAGUUGUGAGAAUACCAGAUAAGACUUCAUAAUUUACUUAAUUAUUAAUGAAGGGCUUAAAUUGUUAAAAAAGCUUAUUUCCAUCAGAAUCGCCACAAUUCAAGAAUUGA